AGGAGAGCGACUGGUACUGCAGCUCUGUGUUGGGACACGGAGGUGUUGCUACAUCCUGCACCUGCCCGGGUCUGUGUCUGUGUGUGAGUGUGUGUGUUUCUGUGUCUGUGUGUGUGUGUGUUUCUGUGUGUUUGUGAGUGUGUGUGCGUUUCUGUGUUUGUGUGUGUGCGUUUCUGUGUGUCUGUGUGUGUCUAUAUGUGUGUUUGUGUGUGUGUGUUUCUGUGUGUGUGUGUGUGUGUGUGAUUCUGUGUGUCUGUGUGUGUGUGUGUUUCUGUGUCUGUGUGUGUGUGUGUGCCACGUUUACUCUGCAGACAAGGCGACAUCCAAAAGCCACAGCGUUGGCUGGUGUGAGUUUUAAUUUGCAAGGUGACCGGAAUAUGUACUACAUCCACUGGACUCGGUGCUUGUGAUGAAUCAGGAGGAGGUGGGUGGUGGAGGAGAGGUUGUGAGGGGUGGGGGAUGCACUUUCUGUAGCGGGUGAGAUGUUGAGUUGAGAGCGCAGCCUGUUCCCCGGCUUGUUGCAGAGGAGGGAGAGGAUAUUGCAAACAAAGUCGACAUGGCAGCCGUGGACAAUCUGAAGAUUUCCGAGGCCGAGAUGGAGAGCUACUAUCUACUCUGCAAAUCCUGUUUACUGCUGGAAUCGACAGUGAGAAAUGACCUUGUACCUGAAAUUGUAAACUCCAUUUGUGCACAAAGUAUUUGUGAGGAUCUGAAGAAAAAGUUUGCUUUCCUUCCAGGUGGACAAGGAAAGGAUGAUGCCACGAUUAUAACGUUCCCUGAGUGCCCCAGCUUCAGCAAGAUUCCAGGCGAGGUCAUUGAGAAGGUUCUUACAUACCUGACUGCUAUUCCAAGUCUACACAAACCAGAAAUCAAGUUCACCAUAAUCUUGGACAGACGGCUGGAUACAUGGACAUCCGUCAAAGCGGCGCUGCUUCAAAUUGCGGCCACGUGUCCGGAAAAUCUGCAGCUGGUGCUGGUCCUGCGCCCCACCGGAUUCUUCCAGCGUGCUAUCUCUGACAUAAGCUUCCGAUUCAAUCAGGAUGACUUUAUCCUGAAACUCCCAGUUGUUAUGCUGAGCUCGGUUACUGAGUUAUUGAAGUAUAUCGAUGAAACCCACUUGACACACGAAUUUGGCGGCACGCUUGAUUACCAUCAUAAUGAGUGGAUCCUGUUCCGAACGGCCAUUGAGAGCUUUGCUGUGAUGGUGAAGGAGAUCGCUCAGAUGCUGCAGGCAUUUGGAACAGACCUGGCUGAAGCUGAGCUGCCUGAUAACUUGCAUUCUGUAGAGGACUUACUUACCGCCAGAACUGAGAAGUAUAAUCAGCUCAAGAAUGAUGUUCAGAGGGUGAUUAAGGAGGGUGACCUGCUCCUGACCAACCUCAUGCACCCUGACAGUAAUGCACAGUUUAUGAUGGAGAAGGAUGGAGACCGAGCAACAGUGAAAAGGCUCCUUGCCCAGUUGCAUGAGAUGGAGAUGGCUUUUGAUGGCUUUUGGGAAAAACAUCUGCUUAAACUUGAACAGUGUCUACAGCUGUGGAGAUUUGAACAAGCUUUCGAAGAGAUAAAGGCAGCUUUGGAUUAUUUAGUAUCCGAGGGAGGUGAUAUCCCAGAAACUGGUGACAAUGUGACUCACUCGGAACAAGCUCUUCGAGAGCUGAGCAACUUUGAUGAACAGUCUCAGGAACUAAUUGGAAACGCCCAGCUCCUGCUCUCACAAGGAGAUCAGUUGAUUUCCAAUAACCAUUAUGCAGAUGAUUUAAUCCGUGAGAAGUGCAAGGAACUCCGCCACUGCUGUGAUGAUUUGAUCGAUGAAAUGAGGAGCAAAUACGUCACCCUUAAUAAGUCAUUGGAGCUUCACACCCAGCUGCAGCAGGUUCUGAAAUGGUGUGAUGAAGGUGCUUAUCUCCUCGCCUCUCAGCGCAUGGACAAGUGUCAGUCACAGGAAGGAGCAAAGAGAGCGCUGCAAGAAAUCGAGAAAUUUCUGGAAAGCUCUGAAGACUACUGCCAGUGUGAUACUGACGAGUUGUACAGUGAAUUUGGGCUCAUUCUCACGACACCCAUUAAGGCCCAGAUUCAGAUGGUUCAUGAGAAGUUGGAAAAUGUGCACGCAAUGUUUGAGCAGCGACAAUUGUCCCUGAGGAAACUCGCUGUCAAACAGGACCGUCCUGUUCAACCAGUAGCGCCACGACCAGAAACCUCUGCUUUAUCUUUAAAGAGCCCUUUCUACUCACCAAAACAUGCAGUGGAUUCGAGUUCUGGAUCGAAAUUCCCGUUUGACAUUUCCCUGUAUGGAAAAAGAAGUUCCAGAAAACCGCAGAAUGCAAAGAAGAUUGAGGUUAUGCAUGAAGUCAGUCAAACAAGGAAUGCAUUGUACUCCCUAAAUUCUGAAAGUGAUGACAGCGUGGAAAUCUUAAAAGGACACGUGAUAAAUGAGCUGAUCGAGACGGAACGUGUAUAUGUGGAGGAGCUGAGCAGUGUGCUACAGGGUUACAAAAUGGAGAUGGACAAUCCGAUAAUGAUAUCUCUUAUGCCUGCCUUGUUGGAGAACCAGAAGGAGGUAUUAUUUGGGAAUAUGGCAGAGAUCUAUGAUUUUCACAGCAGGAUUUUUCUUAAUGACCUCCAGAACUGCAUUGAGAUGCCAGAGAAAGUAGGAGUCUGCUUCCUUCAGAGGAGGGACAAUUUCCAAAUGUAUGUGAAAUACUGUCAGAACAAGCCACGCUCAGAACAUCUUUGGAGACAGUGCUCAGACUGCCCUUUCUUUCAGGAAUGUCAACGUAAACUGGAUCAUAAACUUGGAUUGGACUCAUACUUGCUGAAGCCCAUUCAACGUUUGACAAAGUACCAGCUGUUACUGAAGGAAUUAUUGAAGUUCAGCAGUAAUGGCGAGGGAACCCAGGAGUUGCAGGAAGCGCUCACUGCCAUGUUGAACUUACUAAAGUCAGUAAAUGACUCCAUGCACCAAAUUGCUAUCACAGGAUAUAAUGGCAACCUGGAAGAAUUUGGUCCACUUUUGAUGCAGGGCUCUUUCAACAUCUGGAUCAACCACAAGAAAGGUCCCACCAAGAUGAAGGACCUUGCUCGCUUCAAACCCAUGCAGCGCCAUCUGUUCCUUCACGAGACUGCCCUUCUGUUCUGUAAGAAGCGGGAGGAGCAUGGAGAAGGUUAUGACAAAGCACCUUCUUACAGUUUCAAACAUUUCUUAAAAAUGAGCGCUGUCGGGAUCACAGAGAAUGUUAAAGGAGAUCAGCGGAAGUUUGAAGUCUGGAAUAGCGGCCGUGAAGAAGUGUAUCUCAUUCAAGCUCCAUCGGUGAAUGUUAAGAUGGCCUGGUUAUGUGAGAUGAGGAAAGUGCUAACAAAUCAACAGAGGCUCCUCCGAGAAGACAGCCUAUCUCAUCAUCAUCUUACAGAUCAGAUUCUUCUGUCCCCAGGGAAACAGAAAACAGCCUCUUUAAGUUCAGAGGAAAACGAUUCUGAGCUGCCAAAUCCUGUGAUUUUAGAAAACUUCUCUCUGUCCCCACAGCAUCUUUCAACACGGAAAGACUGGGCCGGAACAUUGCGUUAUGUUGAAGCUUCUGAGGGAGCUGAUGGCUGGUCCAGUAACAAUGACACUGAAGAAGAAGAUUCAAACCAACUGUCCCCUGGGAGAUAUAAAGCCCGCACCGAUGGGAAAACCCAGGAUUCUGAUGAGCUGUUGAUUAAAAGUGGAGACAUUGUCCAGUUAAUGCAUGAGAACGGCGAAGGGCAAUGGUUUGUGAAAAACCUGAACCGGGGGCAGCAAGCGUGGAUUUCUGUCAACAGUCUCCAGAUCAUUGUUGGGGAUUGCUGCUCUCAAACCUCCAGCUCAUCAGGGUUGAAUAUUCAUGAGAUAAGAAAAGUCAAUUCAUCGCCCUGACCAGAGCAAUCCAGGGGACCUAGCUCCUGGGACAUUCACCAUAUAGCAAUCCUCUUUUUCCCCUCAAACAGCUUCACCAUAUCCAGGUUCCCUCUGUGACGGAGGAUUUUUACAGGUAGAAUGCUGCUCCAUGUGCACUUCAUGACACUCGUCAACAGGGACCAGUGAGCUUCCAAUCCCAUAUAUCAUGGACGAGGUGAAAAGCAAGAUCACUGUGCGAUAAUUUGGAGAAGGAUCUUGAAGGCGCCACUUUGUGAGCUUCGAGACAGCAGAGGAGCUUCACUGAUGGAAUGAUGAGCAGAAUCUUGACCUCUUAUUGUCAUUAUGUCAAAGACACACACACACUGGGAGACAGUACAUUGGCUACUGUGUUUUCCUGACUGAAUUCACAGUGUGCUGAAGGAUCUGUGAUAUGGAGAAGAGGCUUCUGGUUUUGUAAUUGCUGAGUAUUCUAUGUGUGGAUGCGUGAUCAUUCUGAGGAAAUGUUGUUCACGUAAUCCAUAUUUUUAAUCUUGUGUUACACAGUAAAAUAAUGUAAGUGUGUGAGCUCCAUGUUUUUACCAAUUACACAUGUUGACAUUGUUGAUGAACAUUUAUACAUAAUUAUGACUUUCACAAGACCUCUUAUGGAAGUAUUUAGAAUGUUGGUACAUUUUCAUACUUUAAUUUGUGUUUGCAGAGAAGAGAUUAGGAUCCCAGGGUUUCCCAUUGGCCUUAAACCCAUGCCCCAUUACGUAUUGUGUGAGAGAUAACAGGAACUGCAGACACUGGAGAAUCUGAGAUAACACGGUGUAGAGCUGGAUUGUGCUUGGCAGCUCAUGUCUGUUGUCUUGUUAUGGCAGUUUGUUUCCUCCUCUUCUCCAUUUGACUGAUCUCUAUCCUUUUUUGCCAUUUCCUCCUGACAUCUCCAAUUCCUUCUCACCCCCUAUGCUGCUGAUUUGCAGCUUGAUUCACAGUUUCAACUCUAUAUAUCAGUCUCUGUCUCAAAGGAGGUUUGAGAUGCCAAAAUCUCCAAUUGCGAGAACUGGUGGGGGGAACUUGGUGGGCAAAAAGGGUUCAAUCCUGCUAAAUAUUAAAUUAAUAUUUAAAACAACAGUAAAUGCUGAAGUCCGUUAGAAAUGUAACCUCUAUUUCUGUCACCCUGGAGCAUCGGAGGCUGAGGGAUAACCUUCUAGAGGUUUAUAAAAUCAUGAUGGGGACAGACAGGGUGAAUAGCCAAGACCUUUUCUCCAUGCUAGGGGAGUCCAAGACUAGUGGGCAUUGGUUUAAGGUGAGAGGAGCAAGAUUUCAAAACAGUCUGAGGGGCAACAUUUUUUCCCCCCACACAGCAUGGUGCGUGUAUGGAAUGAGCUGCCAGAGGAAGUGGUGGAGGCUGGUACAAUUAUAACAUUUAGAAGGCAUUUGGAUGGGUCUAUGAAUAGGAAUGGCUUAGAGGGAUGUGGGCCAAAUGCUCGCAAAUGUGACUAGAUCAGGUUAGGAUGUCUGGUCAGCACGGAUGAGUUGGACUGAAGGGUCUGUUUCUGCGCUGUAUGACUGUAUCACAUCACAUUGCUUCCUCUGAAUCUCUGUGGGUAACCCAUGUGGUUUGUUGCAUUGCACACUUUACAUUCACUGGGGCAGUACUAGAGAAUGUGUUCCUUACUCUUAUUUGUUUCCUUCUCUCUCUUGCUGUUAUAAACUUGAUGUCUUUGUCAAUUCUACUUCACCUACAUCCAGAGUCUUUGAAUCUUCAGCUCUUCAUUCUUCUUUCCAUGUAUCUGCUCACUUUUCUUCCUAUCAUACCCCUACUCUUUUUAAAUAUUUACAGGCCUCCUCUUUGACACAUCCUGUUAUCAGUGCUCCUCAGUAUGUAUCGAUGUAUCAGAAUGAAGCUGUUUCACUGACACUGAAGAGUACAGUGAAUACUGGAUUCAGUUUGACUCAGCAUGUUAUUGCAGGGAGCUCCUCUUGAUGAAACUGGUGCACGAUGAAAUAAUACAGACCAUGAGACUGCAAAAAGCAUCAGUGAAGAGCAAAGUCCUGAGCACAUGUGUCUCGGAUGAAUUUGAAUCUUGCUAUGCAUUCAGCAGUUAGGAAAGGAUGGACACCUUGCACAAUGCAUGAUUUUAUCCUCUGCACCUUUUCGUAGUUCACUUGUUUUCCUUAUAAUUAUUUUAAAACCAGGAUUGCUAGCUGUACAAAACUCGAUUAUUUAAUCCUUGCUGUUAUUUAUCUAUUUAUAAUAUUUGCUGUUAAGUUUAUUGCACUGUGCUCAAUGCCAUUAUUUCUCUAGAGAAUUGUACUCCGCAAGGAUGCUUUUUAAGUUAAAUGGACAGGUUUUUGCCUUUUUUUUGUCAGCCCUCUGAAUCUGUAUAUUGUUGGCAAGGCCAGGAUCUCCAGUCACCCAAGUUGCAAUGAUACAUUGGACCACUGAGGACUCCACACACGUUGUUGUGGGGGUUGGAAUCACAAAUACACUUGGAGUGAGAAAGGACAGCAGCUUUCCUUCUGAAUGAAUAAACAAGAUGGUUUUUACAACAACCCAGAAACUACACAGUCACUUUUACUGAAAUAGCCAUUCUUAUUUUCAACGUUUUUAAGAAGAAAAACUGAAUUCCAAAUCUUAAAUUGUCAACGGAAUCUGUUCACUUAAGUCCUGAGUAUUAAUAGUCCAAACCUGCGAAUUACAAUGGCCCAGUAAUGUACCUCAAUCCAAUGAUUAUUGAAACAGGAAGAAACUGUUAUAGAAAUGGAACUGUGUUGUCAAGCCUCCAUAGUUUGUUUACUGCCACAAUGGUAUUUGAACUAAUUUACUCUGGAUUAACUAGUUUGGCGUCAUAAUCACUCUACUCCCUUCUCAGAAGCAGAAGAGAAAUAAACUCACACUCUGGACAUGAAGUCUUUGUCCCCAAACCUUGUGCAGAGACCCACCCUGUUAGUCCUUCAUUAAUUAAGUAUUGCCAUUUUGCCCUCAUUGUUAUUUCGAAAUAUCUUAGUACUAUCUGCACUCUUCACUUCAGUUUUUUCCUAAUUCAGGCCAGUGUUACCAGAAAGAGCAAUAAUUGGAUUGAAACCCUCCUUUAUCCUUAAAUCCAACCCUUGACAGGCUUUGCAUUGCUAAUCUUUGGACUCUUCCACUCUGGUCAAAUUGUCACCCUUCUUUCAAUCUAUAAUUGCAACUGAAUGCCUUAGCUCUGUUGUUUAUCAAAACCAGCUACUUUGUUGCAAUUUACUGGUUGGAGGAAGUCAAUUGAGAGGGAUUGGAAGGGAAGGAGUUAAAAAUUGAACCCACCACUUCAUGUGUGAAUGUAAUUCAUUGUCAGACAGUUAGCUGUGCUCUGAAGCGCUCUGCCCGUUUGGCCCUGAAUACCAAGACACAUCAAAAAUGAAAGGUUUUCCAGCAUAUUAAAUGACCUUCUCCACUUUCAUUAAGUCUAAUGUUACAGCCUCACUUUGGCCUUCACUGAAGAUCAAGGUGCUCUUUGCUUGCUGAGAAUGCAGCUGAAGGUUUUACUGGUGACUUCCCUGCUUAACUUUCAUUUUAUUCAAAACCUUUACCCCCUGCAUUGACUGGUUGGGUAGAUGUAAAAGAAAGCCAUCUAUAUUGUGUAUAAUACAGGUAGUGCUGCUCACACAUAGCUAUGCCUCAUAUCCAGCGUAUUUGGUGUACAAACAUCUCAGCUGCAUGAAGGAACUAAUACUUGAUUAUUUGCAAAAUCUGUCAUGUCUUCUGUCAUGGUUGAAUACUUGAACUUAUUACCAACUCUCAAAAAUAAUCACAUAGUAUACUUGCUGCUAAUUGCAGCAUUUACAAAGCAAACUCUGUACAAAGUACAAAAUAAAAAUAUGCAAAGAUUGAAAUUUUAUUUGAUAUCUUU